AUGCGUCCCCGCUGCCUUCUACUCGUGGUAGUCUUCACUCUUGCGGCAUGCUGUUGCCGCCUUGCCAGCGCUGAUCGUGUCAUUAUAGUCAAGUCCUCAGCGACGGACUCCACCGGCGGCAAUGUGAAGUUUUAUCUCAAGAACAGCAAGAAGGCGUCGACAGAGCAAGCAGUUGAGGAACGAGGGAUCACCAGCAGUCUGACGCAGAAGAUUCCAUUUGUCAACAAACUCAAGGCCAUGGUAAAGGAAAACCCCGCCGUCGUUAAAGCCAAUGUGAUGAUGGACAAGGAUAUAAGGCUUAAGGGGGCGUAUCUCGUUGUGAAAGGGCAAUUGAAGCCGCUUGCAAUUAUCGCAGCCGUAGCGCUGGCCGGAGGCUACAUCAUGUACCUCGUGAAGGGGUAA